AUGGAUGUCUUCAGGCCAAACCCCUCGUCGGCGCUCCGGUCGCCUCCUCCUCGUCGCAUAUCGACAGUCGCAGGCCAGCGACUCUCUGCCGUCGUGUCGGACAGACCGGCGUCUUCAAUGUCGUCGCCAUCAGCGAGGCUCAACAGCCGAUGGAGCGACAGCACCCACAUGGCCACAACAAUUCCGCGAGCCAGCCAUGAUACCAUGCCACCACCUUACGUCUUGCACGCCGGCGCGCUGCAAGGAGACAAGCUCGUCGCCAUUGGCCCCGUCGUGCGCAAAAGAGGAGGAUGCAAGAGGAUUGGCUUCCUGGUGCUGGCCGCGCUCGUCGUCAUUGGACUGGGAAUUGGUCUGGGUGUAGGCUUGACGAGAGGUGGAGGAGGGGGAGGCAAUGACCAAUCUGGAGCGCAUCCAGGCGAACCAGACACGAGCGCACCAUCACAGCUGCCAUAUCCUGUGGGUGAGUACAGUCUCGUCACAGCAUUGCGUGUCGUCGAGACGAACUGCACUUCGAAUCCCAAUACCUGGCGCUGCUUUCCAGGUCCCACCUUCGAGCAAUCGCCUGCUGCUUCUCUGGCAACCUUCAACUGGAUUCUAACUAACACAUCUGCCUCGUAUGCUACCAACAGCAGCGACAUGACCACAUCUGCACAAGGCGUUCCUGCGAACCUGACCAUCUCCGCCUCCGACAACCCCUUCAGCAUCAUCUUUGACUCGACCAACCUGACCUUCAUCAACGACACCUCGCCGCGCUACACCUUUGCUGUAAACAUAACCCAGAAGAUCAUCCCGGCAAACAACAUCACCGCAGACAACAGGGCUACCGUCUGCUUCUUUAAUCAAACUCAAGUCAUUGGAACUCUCCACCUCGACGAUACCUUUGCCCAGCACUACACCUACAUGGGCAACAAUGCGAGUUACACUCUCUGGCCAUAUGCUGUUCAAGUUGAGUUGGUGAGCCCAGGUGGUCAAGAGACACCAGCUUGCUAUUACACGACCAAUGGUGUUGUCGGAGCCCAGAUCACAGAUGUGCUCAUUGCUCAACCCGCUGAAGACGUGUGUCUCUGUGAAUACAGAAACUACUUCUAA